GAACCCUCAGACCUACCAGAGAGCAGGACCAAAGCAUUGUACACAUAAGGACAAAUUGUAUUUAUAGUGGAAUUUGUUUUCUCGUUCAGGGCACUUUUUAACAAAGAAAAGAGAGAUGAAGAAGUCAUUGUACAAAAUAUCGCUGUGGAUUCCAUCGGUAAACGUGUUUCUCCACAUAAUAGUGUACCUGUUUGUGCGGAGUCAUGGACAGGUGUUGGGAGUUUCUGAUUCCACCAGUUACAUGAAAGUGGGAGAGAGUGUCCAGUUCCCCUUUACACCAAUAGAAAACCACAACUACAAAGUCGAAUUGGUAUUCAAUUUCUCAGUUGUUGUGGUGUUGUGGCUGCCGAAGAUCUCAUUCCUGCAGACGCACGUUCAUUAUAAAGAAAGAGUGAACAUCCAGGACAAUAUAAUAUCUCUGGAAAGAUUGCAGCUGUCAGACUCAGGUUUUUAUGACCUGAACAUGGGUUAUUUUACAGGACCUCAAGCACAAAAAAAAAGGCUGAAUCUCCAGGUUUUAGAACCGGUUUCUAAACCCAGCGUUACAGUCGACUGUCAAUCCGGCAAUUUGACUCUGAGCUGCUCCAGCAGUGAGGGCAGCGAUGUGACCUAUUCCUGGGAAAUACUGCCCCCCUGUGGCAACAGCUGCUUUGUGCAGCAGGGCUCUGUUAUGGAAAUGAAGGUAAAGGAUGGAAAAGGCAAGAAAAACUACACAUGUACCGCCCAGAAUAUUGUCAGCAGAGAGAGCAGUGAGCCGCUGGACCUGGAUGUGUGUGCCCAUAAUGUAUCAGGUAACACCUAA